AUGACUCGGCGUUACGCGUGCUGUGACUUUGUGUUCGACCCCAAAGGAUGCGUGCACAGUGUGUCAGGGUCAGACCCCAACUUCACCAUGAAGAAGGGGUUACGCGCAGCACCAGCUGCUCAGGCUGCUCUGGCCAAUGGCCGCAUAGUGGCAGCAGUGAUCGGUGCCGUGGUGGACGUCCGGUUUCACGAGGGCCUUCCUCCCAUCCUCAAUGCACUGGAGGUGGUUGGCCGUGAGAGCAGGCCGGUGCUUGAGGUGGCACAGCAUUUGGGUGAAAACACAGUCGGGACAAUUGUCAUGGAAGCUACAGAGGGUCUGGACACGGCCCCCAUCAGGAUCCCCGUGGGACCUGAGACCUUGGGCUGGAUCAUGAAUGUCAUUGGAGAACCCAUAGGUGAGAGGGCUCCAAGUAGUACCAAACAUGAAGAUCAUGAAGUGGAGUUAUUCUGUCUGUUUGUCCAUGUCAACAAAUAACAUGAAAAUACCAAA